UUCAUCCUAUCACUUUCUCCUGUGUCAUUCCGUGUUCUGCUGUGAAUCUAUGGGGUCAGAUCUAGUUUGAAUUCCCUGUUCUGCUCUCCAUUACUCCCCAGAUUUCAGCAUGCCAUUUAGCUCAUUUCAUUGCUAUAAGGUAUGACCAGUGUUACCACUGGCUCACUCUCCUCCCCCGAUCCUUCUCUCCCUUCCCCUCCCAGUUCUACAUGUUUUGCACUAAAGUCCUUGGAGUUUCAGUUAAUCGGACUUGAGGACAUCCUUGCAUAGGUCCUUCCUUGGACUUUAAGUCUCCAACUCGGUUCCUCUCUCACUACAGUGAAGAAGCACCACUUGGUCCACUCACCAGCUUGCCAAUGAUCCAGCUGAUAGUCACCCCCUCAAAUGCGCUUGCAGAUGAGCCUGUGUCCAUCCGAGCCACAGGCCUGCCUCCGUCGCAGAUAGUGACCAUCAAGGCGACACUGAAGGAUGAGAAGGAGAAGCUCUUCCAAUCCAAAGCCUUCUACAAGGCCAACGAGGCUGGCGAGGUGGACGUGGAGCGGGCAUCAGCCUUGGGGGGUGACUACGUAGGGGUCCACCCAAUGGGCCUCUUUUGGUCUCUGAAGCCGAAGAAGGUUUUCCAGAGGCUGAUGAAGAAAGACGUGAUGAAUAGCCCCUUUUGUAUCACUCUGGACCUGUAUGACUCUGUUUGCUUGGUAGAUUCAGCCACGAUUAGACCCAAGGCCUGCCAGAUGGUGCAGCGUUGGUUUGCUGGCCCUGGGGUUCAGCGGAAGCAGAUCCGAGAAGGUCGGGUACGUGGAGCCCUUUUUCUACCUCCAGGAGAAGGUCCUUUCCCAGGAAUUAUUGACAUGUUUGGGAGUGUUGGAGGUCUAAUUGAAUUUCGUGCCAGUCUUUUGGCUUCCCAUGGCUUUGCAGUCCUGGCACUAGCGUAUUUUGCCUAUGAAGACCUGCCUGAUAAACUGCUGGAGACUGACUUGGAAUAUUUUGAGGAAGCUGCCAACUUCCUACUAGCUCAUCCCAAGAUCCAACAACCAGGAAUUGGUGUGAUCUCCGUGAGCAAAGGUGCAGAGAUUGGGCUGGCCAUGGCCUGCUAUCUGAAGCAGGUGGUUGCCACUGUUUGCAUCAAUGGGCCCAGUGCCGUCCUAGACAUUCCACUAAGGUAUGGGGAUCUGGUUGUGACACCCAUCCAACAGGCUCUGGAGCGAGCCCAAGUCCAUGCCUCAGGGGCUCUGUGCUUCCGUCCCUUUAUAGGUGACCCCAGGAUUAAGCUGAACCCACAGAGUAUACUUCCUGUGGAAAAAGCCCAAGGGUGGCUCCUCUUCAUUGUAGGAGAGAAUGAUGAAUGCCUGGAUAGCAAGGCAUUAGCACAGAGAGCCAUGGACCAGCUCCACAGCCAUGGAAGAAGCAGCGGCAGAAUGCUGGCGUACCCUGGGGCAGGCCACCUCAUAGAGCCACCCUAUUCUCCCUGUUGCUUUGCAUCUUGGCACUCUGGCUUGGCUAACCCCUUGCUUUGGGGAGGAGAUCCCACUGCUCACGCAGCAGCCCAGGAACACUCCUGGAAAGAGAUCCAGAAGUUUUUCAAGCAACACCUCCCUCAGUCCAGAAGCAAACUCUAAGCCAAGGAAGUGACCAUGCCCAGGUAGCAGGCAGGAAGUGGGUUAGAGAAGAGGUUGGAACUGGUGUGAGAAUAAUAGCAUUAUUUAGGAAUUAGAGAGUAGGAGUGGGGGUGGGGGACAGAAUUCUUCUGGCUUCCUUACA